CCUCUUAGAGUGGCUCUGAGGUCUCCAGCCUCCCAGUCGCUCCUCAGAGGAAACCAAGCCGUGCGCACUCGGUGCGUAAAGCUCCCGGACACCACACGGACCGCCGCGCUUAUCAACGGUUGCUUGGAGGAAACAUAAACCGAAUAAAAAAAGAACAUACCUGAAGGUUUCACCUAAUAUCUAGAAGGAGGGAGAAUGUUUUUUUUUAAGACAACUCGUUUUGCUCAAACGCAUUUUUUAGACUAGGAUAGUCUAAGCACGGAUGCCUCGCACCAUCGACCCCUGGGCAUCACGUUUUACAUUCACAUUCUCUUCACUUGUUUUUAACUACAGAACAUGAGCAAGCACGCAGAAGACACGGGGAAAGCUGAAUGUGAAUAUUCUUGGAUUUAAAAAGGCGUACCUGUCCAAGCAGUGCUUGAGUCAAACUUAUGGCGUGAAGGGCCCGUCUCUGGCCUCUGUCACUCACAGCUAAUGGAUGUCCUUACCCAGUAUGCCUUCAACGACAGCGAUCUGGACAACCAGACAUGGGGCUUCAACGGGACGGAGCACGGCCAGAAGCAGCCGUACAACUACUACGCCAUGCUGCUUAUGCUGCUGAUCUUCCUCAUCGUGUUCGGCAACGUGCUGGUGUGCAUCGCCGUGUCGCGGGAGAAGGCCCUGCAGACCACCACCAACUACCUGAUCGUCAGCCUGGCCGUGGCCGACCUGCUGGUGGCCACGCUGGUCAUGCCCUGGGUCGUCUACCUGGAGGUGGUGGGCGAGUGGAGCUUCAGUAAGAUCCAUUGUGACAUCUUCGUCACCCUGGACGUGAUGAUGUGUACGGCCAGCAUCCUCAACCUCUGCGCCAUCAGCAUCGAUCGAUAUACGGCGGUUGCCAUGCCAAUGCUGUACAACACCCGCUACAGCUCCCGGAGGAGGGUGACUGUCAUGAUUUCUGUGGUGUGGGUGCUGUCCUUUGCUAUUUCCUGUCCCUUGUUAUUUGGCCUGAACAACACAGCUACUCGCGACCCCUCUCAAUGUGUGAUCGCCAAUCCAGCCUUUGUGGUUUACUCUUCCAUUGUGUCCUUCUAUGUCCCCUUCAUCAUAACACUGCUGGUUUAUGUGCAAAUCUACGUGGUGCUAAGGAAGCGAAGGAAACGAGUCAACACCAAGCCUAAACAGAGGGCCGCUCAAAACGCAGAGCACAACGUGGCCACCUCGCUGAAGGAUAAGUGCACUCAUCCAGAGGAUGUGACGCUUUGCACCAUGAUUGUCAAAGCCAACGGGGGUUUUUCUGUCAACAGGAAAAAAGUGAUAUUCAUCAAAGAGGUGGCCAUCGAGGGCGAAGACCUGGAACUGGAUGAGCUCCACAACAGCGCCAGCAGCAGCCAGAAGCAGCAGCACAAGCAUCUGCAGCAGGGGGCACCUGGAGAAGCUCCGGCCACCAGCCACCAGCUCCUGAUGCCUGCCAAGUCCAAUGCCAGUCCUUCUUCCGCGCCCCCCACCCCGCCCGAGGACGGCCUGAAGCCGCUCAAGAACGGAGACACCGCCAAGGUGGCGCUGGUGGAUCCGGCACCCCUGGUCGCUAAAGCCUUCCAGACGCAGGCCAUGCCCAACGGCAAGACCCAGACGUCUGUGAAAACCAUGAGCAAGCGGAAGAUCUCCCAGCAGAAGGAGAAGAAAGCUACUCAGAUGCUAGCCAUUGUCCUUGGUGUAUUCAUCAUCUGCUGGCUGCCAUUCUUCAUCACCCAUAUCCUGAACACUCAUUGCACUAAAUGCAAGGUACCCGCUGAGAUGUACAAUGCCUUCACUUGGCUGGGCUACGUGAACAGUGCUGUGAAUCCCAUCAUAUACACCACUUUCAACGUGGAGUUCAGGAAGGCCUUCAUCAAGAUCUUGCACUGCUAGGACCAGGGGAGACGACCACUCUGGGAUGUGACCGAGGAAAGCUCAAGCCACACCUCUCCUCUCGCCGUGUGAGAGGAGAAACAUGGUUCAGAGCGGCGAACCUGGUUCCAGUCACAGCGGCAAAGACUUGCACAUUGGCAGUGUAUAACUAACGAACAUAUUGAUUCGUCACCAAUUACCUAUGGACUCAUGUUCUCCUGAAUUAUUGAAUGUACACAUUAUGAAAUAAUGUCUGUAUGGAUCAUCUGUAUGGCGAAGUGGAAAGCGUAAUAUUGUUCUCUUGAAAUCAUUGUUAUUGUCAUAUCGGGAGCCAUCUGUUGAUACAACGCACACGUGACUAGUUGUGUUUGAUACAACUCCGACAUGCUAUUUAUGAUAAGGUUAUAUUCUGUGGUUUUUGGUGAUGAGAGUUUUCUGCAGUUCAUCUUGAUUCAAGUGUGCAUUGCAGUAUUAAAAAUGACUCAAAGCGCUUUAUCUGAAAUGUUCCACUCUUUGGAACGGGUAUUACAUUAAGAAUAUAAACAGAGUAUUUAAUUACAGUGUCAUGUGGCUUUGCCAACAGACCUAAAAUACAGUUUAAUAAAUUGAAUAUAUUAAAAAAUACAUAAAAAAAAUAUCUAUAUAUAGUAGAAGUAUUAUUAUUAUUAUUAUUAUUAUUAUUAUUAUAUGUACAUGUUUUUUUUUAACACAUUUACUGUGAUUAUAUGCCUGAAAUUAAAAUGUGAUGCAUGCUAACUGCUCCUCUACUUGACUUCUAAUGAAAUGUAUUGUUGUGAAGAAUUCCAACAAAUCCAUUUAAGUAACAUACAAGGGUAUAUGCCACAAAGAUGUUGCUAUUCAUCCAGCUUAAAGACAACCUACCGACACUUGGACAGAUGUACUUUGCUGUAAACGAAGGGACUCUUAAUACAGGACACAAAAUUCUGUGAGAAGCAACGGUUUAAAGAAUCUCAGAGUAAGACAUUGGAGAAGAAAUGUUUUGAAAAAAAAGGAUCUCUCAUGCCUUUUCUGUAAAUAAGAAUGUGUUCUCAUGAAAGAUGAGUCGGUAAUGAGUGUCACAAAAUAAAUGCAUUGCUGUGCCUACAAUAUA